AGCAGCAAGCUUCUACCUUUUAUUCCAUUGCGAACUAUUGAUUCACAAUAUAGGAAGCACUGCAUCGGAAGAGCUGUUCAUCCUCAAAAUAUAAUGCACGGCAACUCUUUCUGAAAAUUUCAAUGUAUUUCAAUGCAAUACAAUUACUUGUUUAACUGUUGUAAAAAGAAUAUAUUCCGAGAUUUUCUGGCUUGAAGCUAGAUACAAGGCUCAAUUCCUAUUAAAUUUAUAAAGCAGUAGAGGAAUCGUUUGUCUAGAACUCAACAGCUUAAUCGAUUUGUGUCAAAAUAUUUAUCGUUAAGUUUUCUACUUCUAGAACUUCAGUUACCAUCUGCAUCUUACGUACUUGAUAUUUUAUUUGAAGGAAAAAAUAUUGGUUACUUUUUAAAAUUGCUGUUCUUCAAAAAUCUCUCCAAAAAUGAAGAUGGACGAUGAAAUAAAACAGAAUGGAUUCGGGAACGAUGUCAAGCACAAAAGAGACUACGUGUUCCAUGCCACCCGGGAACAGAAAGCUCGUUCCAGACUUGGCAGCCUUGACGAGUUCUGGAGAAUGCAUCGGAAAUCUCUGGAGGAACCCGAUGUCUUCUGGACAGAAGCUGCGGCCCCCUUUCAUUGGGAGACCCCACUUCCCGAGAAGAAUAUCGCCAAUUACAACAUCGAUGUCAACAAAGGGAAAGUGUUCAUCGAAUGGAUGAAGGGGGCCACGACCAACAUUUGCUACAACGCUUUGGACAGAAAUGUGAAGCUGGGUCAUGGCGACAAAAUUGCUUUUUACUGGGAAGGCAAUGACCCGGAAGACUUUGACAAGAUUACAUAUAAGGAACUGCUACGACGAGUAUGCAAAUUCGCCAACGUCCUUAAAAGCAAAGGUGUGAAAAAGGGAGACAUGGUGGCUCUAUACAUGCCCAUGAUCCUGGAAUUAGCCAUUGCCAUGUUUGCUUGCGCAAGAAUUGGAGCCGUUCAUUCUGUUGUGUUCGGGGGCUAUUCCGCAGAAUCUCUUGCAGAAAGAAUUCUGGACGGAAAUUGUCGAGUAUUAAUCACCGCAGAUGGUGUCUGGCGAGGAACAAAGUUGGUUCAUCUGAAAAACAUCGUCGAUAAAACAGUACAGAUUUGCAAAAACAAAAAUCAUUCCUUGAAUGCUGUGAUCGUAGUGCAACACCAGAUGAAUCUGAAAUCCACGAAGAAAAUGCUGGGCCGACAGACAAAUGGCAACAGGAAGAUCAUCAAUGGAUUUGAUAUCGAGGUAUCAUGGAAUGCAGAGACGGAUUUGUGGUGGCAUCAGGAAAUGGAAAAGGCGACCGAAGUCUGUGAUCCUGUAUGGGUGGACGCAGAAGACAUUCUUUUCACUCUCUAUACCAGCGGAUCUACUGGUAAGCCAAAAGGCUGCGUUCACACAACAGGUGCCUAUAUGGUGUACGGGGCUCUUUCCUUCAAAUACGUCUUCGACUUCUGGCCCGGGGACAUUUUCUUUUGCACUGGAGACAUCGGAUGGCUCACAGGACACACUUACAUCGUGUACGGUUCUCUGCUCAACGCCGCUACAUGCAUCAUAUACGAAGGCAUCCCAACGCAUCCAAACGCAGGCCGGUACUGGUCCAUCGUGGAGAAGUACAAAGUCACCCAGUUCUACACAGCACCGACGGCAAUCAGGACUCUGAUGCGAUACGACGAUGCACAGGUCACCAGGUACAACAGGAGUUCCUUGCGGGUCCUAGCUUCUGUCGGCGAACCUAUCAACCAGGACGCUUGGUUCUGGUACCACGAAUUGGUCGGAGAAGGGAGAUGUCCUAUAGUAGACACCUUCUGGCAGACCGAAACGGGAGGACACUUGUUGACGCCCAUGCCAUUCUGCACUCCACUCAGGCCGGGAUGUGCGAGUCUACCCUUCUUCGGAGUGGAACCUGCCAUAUUGGACGACAAUGGGCAAGAAAUAGAAGGUCCGGGAAAAGGGUAUCUGGUAAUCAAGAGGCCGUGGCCCGCCAUCAUGCGAACAGUAUACGGAAAUCAAGAAAGAUUCGAAAACACUUACUUCAGACAAUUCCCCGGUUAUUACUUCACAGGAGAUGGCUGUCGCAGAGACGAGGACGGCUUCUACUGGGUGACCGGCAGAAUGGACGACAUGUUGAACGUGUCCGGCCAUCUUCUGUCCACCAUGGAGGUGGAGGCGGCCCUCCUGCAUCACCCCAGCGUCGCGGAGGCUGCCGUCGUCCCUCAUCCACAUCCUGUCAAAGGAGAAUGUCUCUACUGCUUCGUCGUGCUCAAAGACGGAAAUGCCUUUGACGAAAAAAUUAUCGAGGACUUGAGACAGCAAGUGGUGCAACGAAUCGGCCCCUUCGCCAGCCCAGAAUAUCUACAUCCGGCCGGCGCCCUGCCAAAGACCAGGUCCGGCAAGACGGUGAGACGGAUGCUCCGGAAGAUCGCCACCGGGGACAGGGACAUCGGGGACUUGAGCGCCCUCAUCGACGAAAGCGUCAUCCGGGACUUGUUCGAGUCCAAGAAGUCGGCCAAGAGGAUCCCCCCGCGCACUGCGGCGCCCAACGGACGCUAAAUUUAUUGGGAUUGCCGCCUGAAACUUGAAUGAACUAAAGAGUGAAUAAUGGUGAAAGGAGGGCGAUUGUUAUUAGUAAUGAAUAACUUGCAUCAUUAAAAAACGGAAUCAUGUCUUUCUGUUUCACAGAAAAAGUAAUUGGCAUUUAUCAGUUAAACUGAAUUAUUUGAUUGUUAAAUGACACCAAAUGAAAUGGACUUUCCUUUUACUGUUAUCCAUUUAUGAACAAGCUCCCGAAUAAAAAUAGAGCAUCCAGUUUUGGAAAUAGUCGAACAUAAUUUUUUUUUUCUACUGAAAUGAAACAUCAGUAAGAUUCAUAGGCGGCUCGUACGGAGAGGCAAGGGGGCAAAUGCUCCCUCAAUUUCAAGAGUAAAGCGGCUUUGCCCCUCCACUUUUCUAAGUUUAAAAUUAACACUCGAUCGAAAAAAGAUAAAAUGAAUCAAUCAACGUAUUUAAAAAAGAAUUGACUGAACAAGUGCGUAUUUUAUACUUGUCUCAUGUCAUUAUUUCACAAAAAUUGAAAUGUAGCUUUGAAUUUGAAGGUGGGAGUAUAAUGUGGUCAUCUGUCCCGAUUUUUCAGGCCGUGCCCCGAAUUUUCAGGGAAGGUAAUUUAAUCAAUGACGUUAAAAUUCAAAUGCCUUUUUUUUUUAGAGGCACCGCCUACGUAGCCUGCUCCCCCCCCCCCCCUUUAAAAAAACACACACACAUACACACUUUCUUUGACCCCUCACUUCUUUGGUGCACCAGCCGCCUACGGUAAGAUAACAAUCAGAAAUAUGAUUCUGCGAGUUAUUUCUAUUAUGAAAAGUCUCUUCUUCCUCCCUUUCUUCUCAUAUCGUCUGCAUUAAGAUGGUCGACUUCUAUCUCCGCAAUUUGAAUCGCUUGUAAUGUGUUAUUUUUUCGUAUGGAAUAAAAUUAGUACAGAGCGUGUUUAAUAUAUCU